AACAUAAUAAGUAUUUCUCUCACAUUUCAUGUGAGAAAUAAGCUCCCAAAAGCUCCUCUCAUGCAUUAUUAUAUAAGAAUAGGUUGAGAGAAACUUUUUCUCUUCACUCGCCUCAGACUCAGAGAAAUUUAAUAUUUGUAUUGGGUCGAAACUCGAAACCCAAGAGAAUGGGUUUCCCAUUGAAAUUGAAACCUCUGUUUCUCGUUCUGACUCUGUUUUUGUUCUCUCACCAAACCAUAGCAGAGGAUUUCAUUGCUUUCAAUAAUGCUUCUUCUUCUUCUUCUUCUUCUUCUAGCUCAGUAGCCCGAAUACUGGCAGGGAAAUGCAACUGGUACCGCGGCACCUGGGUAUACGACAAGUCGUAUCCUCUCUACGACGCCUCAACCUGUCCUUUCGUAGAUCCAGAGUUCAACUGCCAAAAGUACGGCCGACCCGAUACAUCUUACCUCAAAUACAGAUGGCAACCCUUCUCUUGCGUCUUGCCCAGGUUUAAUGGGUUGUAUUUCUUGAAGAAAUGGAGAGGGAAGAAGAUAAUGUUUGUGGGUGAUUCACUGAGUCAGAACCAGUGGGAAUCAUUAACUUGUAUGAUUCAUGCAUGGGUACCAAAUUCCAAAACCACAGUGAUCAGAACCCAAGGACUCUCUUCAGUCACAUUUGAGGAGUACGGAGUGAAGAUACUGCUGUAUCGCACGCCAUUCCUUGUAGAUAUUGCGAGUGAGAGAGUGGGACGAGUGUUGAAGCUUGGCUCCAUCAGGAAUGGGAAUGGGUGGAGAGGGAUGGACAUGUUGAUCUUCAACACCUGGCACUGGUGGACCCACACUGGAAGAACCCAGCCAUGGGAUUACAUCCAAGAUGGGAACAAAUUGUACAAAGACAUGAACCGUCUAAUUGCGUUUUACAAAGGACUAACCACUUGGGCUAGAUGGGUCAACAUCAACGUUGAUCCUUACAAAACCAAAGUCUUCUUCCAAGGAAUCUCUCCCACACAUUAUGAGGGGAGGGAUUGGAACCAACCAUCAAAAUCAUGUUCAGGAGAGAAACUUCCAUACUUUGGAGUAAGAUACCCAGCAGGAAUACCCUCGGCGUCGGUGGUGGUGAACAAAGUGCUGAGUAGGCUGAAGAAACCAGUGUUCUUACUAGACGUGACAACUCUGUCACAGUACCGUAAAGAUGGGCAUCCCUCGGGCUACAGCGGCGACCACGGUGGCCAAGACUGUAGCCACUGGUGCCUUCCCGGACUGCCAGACACUUGGAAUGAGCUCAUGUAUGCUGCUCUUUUCACCUGAUCAUCAACACCAUCAUCACUAGGUUAUCUAAGUUAAAGCCAUUGCUAUUUUUUUCUUUCUUUCUAAUUGUUAACAUUAAUUGGGAGACAAAUUCACCAAUGUUUUUGUUUCCUUUCAAUUAGGAAUAUCUUGUAUUUUGCAUUUUUCGUGUGUAUUGUUUAGGGGGGUGAGAAAGGGAAAAUAAAAGGGGUUUGGUGUAGUCAUGGUAAAUUGUAAUUUUGUAAAUUUCAUUUUUUUGCAUUAUAUAUUGGAAGAACUAUAUAUUGUAGGGAAAGGAUGUACUACUACCCUUUUUUAUUUGAAAUGAAAUGUAAGUUUCAUAAGAGCAAGUCAUGAACUA